AUGUUUGUUGUCAUUGAUAUUGUAGUUUGAAUAUUUGACUGUAGAGGGCAUUAUAACGGUAAUUUUCUUCCGAAUGAGAAUUUAUAUUUUUCCUAUCAGGGAAAAAAUUGAUUUCUAGCUACUUUUGUGGUGACUACAUUCAGUUGUCAACUAAACCAGCUGUCUCUUUGAGGUUAGCUUUAGGUAUUUACUACUUUAUUUCAGGUAAUUUAUGUUGGAAAGUAAACAUUUGUGUUGCAUGAAUAGAAUUGAAUUGUGAUUCUGUGAAGUUUGUUAGUGAAUGCUAAUGUUUAAUUUAUUUUUCUAUAAAUACUUUUACCACGAAAUGUUAUCGAAUUAUUAUGAAGUUGAACAGACAGGUACUUUCAAAUUGUCGUUGUCUUCCUCCAAAUGUGGAGGGAGUAUUGAAAGGAGCCCUAACUAUGCAAGUAGAUGAAAUUUUAUGGUUUAAAAAAAUUACUAAAGACGUAAUAGUAAGUGUGCAGUGGUGGGGUGAGCAAGAACCUCUGAAAUUCAGGCCACUGCGGUCUAAUUGCAACGUAGGCAACAAUUCAUCAGUCGUGGUGUUUACGUAUAGAAUUUAUACAGCUCCACAAUUAUUCUACAGCUACUUAGAAGACAGCAAGCAACUCAGUUUAGUCGUAGUUGAUGAAAAUUUAUGCCUGAUUGGAUCUGCAACUCUGUGCAAUUUACGAGAAGCUUUUACUGAACAAUCCACGAAACAGAUUCGCCUUCCCGUAGUUGACGGUCAUGGUGUGAAAAUUGCAGAACUGUAUCUAAAUGUGACCCUGAAGUUCUUCAAAAACAUCUGUGACGGCAAAAUAAACUCUGCAGGAUUGUCGGGUUCCACAACAGAGUUUCCUGUCGUCCAGAAAGCAGUGAGGUCGUACGAAACCCAACGGGCCCUUGACCUGCGCAGAGGGUCGCAGCGCGGCGUGCCGGACUCGCUGGUGGAGCAGCUGCUGUGGCGGGCCCGGAGACUGCGAGAUGCCAUGGCCAGGUCUGCGCUGGAAGACUGGGAAGAAACGGACGUCCGCCAGCACCGCCCCGAGCGUCGCGCCAGCGAGCCCAGCGACGAGAAACUGCUGAGCGGUCUGCUGGGAGACUUGGAUGACGCAGUGCCGUACGAAGCAAUGGAAGUUCUGAACGAAGUAGAACCAUCAGCAGAGAUGUUGGAGCUGGUUGCGUCCCUCGGUGAUGCACCCAGGAGCACCGGAACCGACCCUGAGCAGCAGGGAAAACAGCAGUUACCAGCUAAUGGAGAGACCCAACCGAAGGAAGCUGCAGAAUGUUCUGCGAUGACAUCAGCGACUUUUGAAAAACAGCCAGUUUCAGCUGUUUCUGUUGCUGAUGAGCUCCUGGAAAUGGUGGUGAGCAUGCGUGUGUGUGUAAGCAGCCUGCAUCUGCAGGUGGCUCCUGUCAGCCACGGAACCUACUUCGUAGAGUAUGAAGUCCCUCACUGUUUGGUGGCCGGCUGUGCUCCGCUGGCCCGAACAACUUGCUCCCGGAGACUCGUGGGCAGAGCGGUGCAGUUCGGACAGAGGUUCGUGCACACGGUGUCGAGGCAAGGGCCCGCCCUGGCGGCCUUGCUGCGGGACAUGCACCUGCUGUUCCGGGUGUACUGCCGGCAGCUGAGCGACAGGAAGCGCUCCCUGCUGGGGCAGGCGACCCUGUCGCUGGCGGGGCUGGCCCGGGCCGAGCGGCUCGAGGUCCACCAGGAGCUCGCGGUUCGCGGCGUCGGCAAGUUGAGGGUCAUAGUCCAGCUGGGCAGCGACAAGGCCCAGUUCAGCCGCCGUGAGGCCGGCCCGUCGGGCCGGACCGCCCCUGGGGACGGCGGUCCUCUGCCGGCAGCCGCUGACGACGACCCAGGCAUGCAGGUGUACAGUCGCCCCGCUGUCACGGACACCCCGCGAGAGACACUCCGCAGCGGUCAGCAGCAGCUGCUGUAUGUCUUGCUGCACGUCCCGUGUGGUCGACUGGAGAGCCCCAGCGACACUUACCUUGUGUGCCGUGCUUUCUGGAGGGACCACGUCCUCACCAGCGAUGUGGCCCGGGACGGAUGCAACCCUCGCUACCAGUUGCACCAGGUGCUGCCCCUGCUGCUGUCCCCGGAGCUGCUGGAGCGCUGUCGGGACAACGUGCUGGUGCUGGAGGCGUGGCGAGCCGGCCCGGACGCUCUCCUGGGCCUCGCCAAGGUCUCUUUGCACCCCUUCUACCUGGCCUACAAGGACCCCAUUAUGGUGUCGCAGCUGCUGCGGGCCAAGAAUCCGGUGAUAAGUGCGGACAAGUGGGUCCCAGUGGUGUGCCCCGGUGGUGGCGGCGUCCGCGGGGAACUCAGGGUGCUCCUGGCUCUGGGCUCGGAGGACCAAGUGCAGUCGCUGGUAGCCGGGUCGAGGAGCAUGCCCGGGCCGGCCGGCGACGGUCCCGGGAACCUGCCCACCCCGCAGGAGGCAGCCGGGGACUCCCAACAUGUCCCGUCCGCAGGUGGCGAUGGUGUGUGUCUAGUCGAAGACGUCCGACCUCCGCAGAGCAACAGACCAGAGUCCUGUAGCUGUGGAGGUCACAAACAAAAACAUGCCGUGCGUGAAAGUACGAAUUUUAGUAAAAGCUGCAGUAAGGAAAUGCACAAACAAAAAAAAGGCAAAAAAUUUGAUUCAAACAAAAGUGUUCAUGUGUGUGCGUGCUCGUGCAAAACCGCGCAAGGAAUGCUUGAGAAACUUACUGAUGAUGACAGUGAUGAUUAUACUUCCAAGAACAAUGUACCUGCAUCCCGAGAUCUUUCAGCAAGGUUGCAGCACCUGUCGAGCAGGGAAACUAGGGAGAAACAUAUGGUGUGUUCAUCGGGGUGUUCCAGUGACACAGAGGAGCCCAUGGACACAAGGAAGGGAGACUUGCCAGACACAGAUGCAGCAAGCGUUCUGAGAAGUUCUGUUAGAUCUGAAGGUCACGGUAAUACAAUCCUGUCAGACUUGCACAGGAAUAUGAUGAUGCUGAAUCUAGCUGGAGGUGAUACUCUACAGGUGGCAAAGCUAGCAGCCUUGGGGCAACAGAGCUGGGCAUCGAAUCCAGGCGCAGCGAACGAACGUACCAGAGAGAACUUUGCAGUAGAAAACACUUUAAACAGCUUUUCACCUAGCCACUCUAACACCACUGGAUCCACGAAAGUUGGAUCGGUUUGUGACUUUAAUGGCGAGGUAGAUUGCGGGGGCAUGGUUUCCGUUGGCUGCGACACUGAGAACCAGGCCGUGUAUGUUUCCGAUUCCACUUCGACAAAGCAGGCAGAAGAGAGUGCCGAGACUUGGUCCGCGAGAGUGACAGUCGAGCAGGCGGUGCACCUGAGACUUGGAGUUCCGUGGAGCGGCAACGAUCGCCCCAAAGUGUACGUGACGUUCCAGGCACACGGUGGGGCGCGGCCUCUGACAUCACCGGCUUUGGAGGCCAGCGAGAGGCCGGUAUGGGGCUGGCACUGCGACUCCCAGCUUGCCGCACAUCUGCUGAACAACGAAGGGCAGUGCCUGGUGGUGAGGGUGUGGCAGAUGGCAGCAGCUGACCCAGACGCAGUGGCAGACACGGUACUGGGGUUUGCUGUCGUCAACCUCACAAUGCUGUCACGCGGGUCGACCUGCGUGUCAGGCUGGUACAACCUUGUAGACUAUGCAGGGAGCUGUUCUGGUCAGAUCAAGGUGACAGUGGAGCCCUUGGAGGACCUGUCGAGGUUCAGCAACAGUGCAGCGGAGGUAGAGCCACAUGUCCAGGAAGAUCACGACCAUUUGGAGGCUGAUUUAUACAGCAACCUCAAAGAGAAACUGAAUGAACUCGAUGAUAUCACCGCAAGACUGCGUCAGAGGCUGGGCACUGUGUUGAGCGAUGAGAGGAUGUUGUGUGCACCUUCCACCGAUGCGUCGACACUGGUCGUCGGGCCGGAGAUGGUGGCUGCUUCCACGUCCUGUCAGGAAAGCAUGCUGGAAGACAAGGGCAUCCAGACAUCGAUGUUCGACGAAGACUCGGACGCCUUGACGGACUGGUUGAUGGGGCAGACGGUGCGAGACCUGGAGCUGGAGAACGUGUUCAACCCGCUGCUGUUCCAGCCGCUCAUCAGCUCGUGCGUGGAACAGUCGAAGUCGCCGCGAGACGCAGAGUCUCGCCGCAGCCGGUCCGGACCCACCGCGGGAGCCGACGAGCCCGGCACGUCCGCAGGGGGCUCCUCCCGGCCGCAGACCGUCGCGGAGAGGCUGCAGAUGCUGUGGAACGGCUCUGGUGACUUGUGCGAGGCGCCGAGGCAAGCUCCUGACGGUGUCAGCAUGUGUGAGAACAGUACUUCUGCUAGUCAGCUGUCUGGCUUGGAGGAAACAAAUAAAACAGGCAAGACAUGACGUUCCGCAAGAACUUGGACCUGUUGAACUCCAACAUCGCUAGUACUGGACGAGUGAUGGAUGAAUUAGCCCACAUGCAAUUCUUGCCGAGUGCUUGUAUUUGAACAGUGUUUGAACAGUGAACACUAUUGACUAGCAUUUUAUAAAUAUAUUUUCAAACUGUGUGGCAUGUAUUUUUUUAUUUUUGAUUGGCUGUUUCAUAACUUUCGUUGAUCGCCAGGUCGUUAGCAGAUUAUGUGAAAUAUAUUUCUUUCCAAGAACUUAAUUGCUAAGCUUAAACUUAUUAAUUACUUUAAAAAAGUUGAUGUGUAGUUAUUUGUUUUGCAGAAAAUUUAAAUGAGUUAUUCCUGUUUUCUGAUAUUCUUAUAUAAUAUUGCUGAAUGCAAGGAAUAAAAACAUAACAGCUUUCA